CGAUAUUGAGAACCACGCCUCUCCCGGCCGGCCUAUCUUUCCCAUUGGUUGCUCCAAAAGUCGUUCAAGGCACGUAUAAAGCCAUAUUGGUCAAUAUAAGGCCGAGGGAAAGAGUCACCUUUCUUCACCACCAUCACGUUUACUUUUCCAUUCCUCAUCCUUCUCUUUGCUUCUUCAAACACAUCGAUCCCAAAGCUUCUGGUUUAAGAUUAAGAACUCUCUUGUGUAUGGUUUCAUAAAGCUAACUCAAAAUGAAGGAUCAUAAUCAAAACCCUUCAAACUUCUUCACAAAACUAAUCAAUGUCCAAGGCCACCUCCUCAAUCUCCUCUCUUAUUUCCUCACCUUUGGUGGUGGUUUAGUUCUCGGAAUCGUACUUGCCUCUUCUUAUCUCAAAGACUCUUCCUUUAGUCUACAAAUAGCCCAACUAUCAUUCUCCUCUUCUUCUUCUUCAUCAUCUCCGUCCAAUGGUUCCAAUAUUUCACAUAUGACAAUUAGUCCAAAUGACACAGUCACGAUGUCUAACUUGACCGAAGUUCAUAUACGAGAAUUAGAGGCAUUUCUAAAGCCGCCUAAGGUUCGGCACGACAUGGACGAUGAGGAAUUGUUCUGGAGAGCUUCCAUGGCCCCUCGGAUACCCGAAUAUCCGUUCCACCGAGUUCCGAAAGUUGCUUUCAUGUUCUUGACAAGGGGACCUGUUCAUUUGGCUCCAUUGUGGGAGAAGUUCUUCCAAGGGCACCAAGGCUUGUUCUCAAUCUAUGUCCACUCAGAUCGGUCUUAUAAUGAAUCGUCUCACCCCGAAAGCCCAGUCUUUCAUGGCCGAAGAAUUCCAAGUCAGAGAGCAGAAUGGGGGCAAGUGAACAUGAUUGAAGCCGAGAGCCGCCUAAUUGCGAAUGCUCUUCUCGACAUCUCAAACCAACGUUUUGUUCUGCUUUCAGAAUCAUGCAUCCCCCUCUUCAAUUUCUCCACAGUCUACUCUUACCUCAUAAACACCAACAAGACUUUUGUGCAGGUCUAUGAUGAUCCAAGCGGUGUUGGGCGUGGCCGUUAUGAUGAAAGCUACUACCCUCAAAUCACAUUGGACCAGUGGAGGAAAGGAUCGCAGUGGGUUGAAAUAGAUAGAGACCUUGCCAUUGAAGUUGUUUCAGAUCAAAAAUACUACACAACUUUCCAGAAACUCUGCAAAGGCUAUUGCUUUGCAGAUGAGCAUUACUUGCCAACAUUUAUGAACAUAAGAUUUCCGAAAAAGAAUUCAAACAGGACUGUGACCUGGGUUGAUUGGUCUAGGGGCGGACCUCAUCCUGUCGAGUACGCGAGCACAGAUGUCACGGUUGAGCUUCUGAGUACUCUGAGGAAGGGUAACGGCUGGUGUGAUUACAAUGGAAGGGGCACAGAUGUUUGUUUCUUGUUCGCCCGGAAGUUCUCGCCAAAUUCUUUGGAUAAGCUGCUGAGCAUUGCACCACAGAUAAUGCAAUUCAACACAGACAUUGAUAAAGAGUACUAGUUAGUAUUGUUAGAUUGGAUAUAUUGAUCGAGUCUUGAGUACAGAACGAGAAUGAUCAUUAAAUGCAACAUUUAGCAUUAGUUCUUUUGUGAUUUUUUUUUUGUUUCCAUGGGUGAUUGGAAGCCCAAGUGAUGGUGAAACUCCAGCUAAUUAGAUGCAAGAAACGCAAUACCAAUUCAAAGUUAAAAAUUUCAUCA